AUGAUUAAUUUCAAUGUUAAAUUUCUCACGUCUGAUGAAGCUUUACAAGUGAAAAACUGUGAUUUCAAAAGUUUUAAAUAUGAGAAAAAAAAAGUAGACGAUACAGUGUAUGAUUCUGGUAAAAGAAGCUACUGCGAACGGCGAGGAGGUUUGUGGCGAGCUGCUCACCCUCGGCAACUCCGACAACUAGAAUCAAAACUUCGAGAAAAAAGCAUAAUCACCUGUGAAUGGACUACCGAAUCACUCAUAACUAUUGUGUUCUCCUCAGGAGUUAUUGCCUACCUCACACUAAAGCCAUCCACGUUAGAUGUUAUACAAAUUUUGUUUGAUAGAUACUUUGUUGGGAAAUUAUCUGGACAGACAGUUUCGAAUGCCGCUCUUUGUAAAUCACACAUCCUGCUCACACACUGUGACCGGACAGCCACAUUAGUUACAUUUGGAAAGAACAAUAUUAACUUACCUUGUCGAAUCACAGAUAGAGACCCACAUAUACAGAAUAUAGAAUUAGGUGGUAGCAGUCGUAAAACAGAAAGGUAUAUUUCUACAAAUGAGCUCAGUACUGGUGCAAGAGUGCUGGUAUGGAGUGUAACUGUGGCUGAGCCUGCUCCAUGGAGCCCCGUCCUUGAAGACCAUGCAAAUCUUCAUUUGUAUAGCAUAAAUGGUCAUCAAGUCAGUUUGACAGCCUACCAUCAGUUGGAAAACGAAACAUUAUCAGCAGAACUAUCCUUUAAGAGUGACAAUGUUAUCCACAUUGUUGAACAAAUCACUAGUCACAAGAAUGGCAUCACUUUAGCAUGGCUACGCUAUGACGUCAGUGCCACUGAAGGCCGCGCGACUAAGUUGUCGUGUUCUCGCGAGAGUGCGACCCACGUUUCGCUGUCUACCCCUGUACGCAUAGCGAGGCGAUCGCCGUGCGACACACUACUCUUAAUUGCGUGCAUUGACGGGUCUUUACACGUCGUACAUUGCGUCGCUGGUUUGACACACACUACGAGAGCUGGUUUUAUUGCAACAGAUCUGCGCUGGGCAGGUGAACUGAUAAUAGCAGCAGAUGAAACUGGAAGAUUACAGUGCUUCGAUCGUGCCCUCUCCCUUCUUCAUCAUCACUCCAAAUGUUUAGAACUCACCUCCUACAUACCGGAUUCACGACGUAUGCAAAUAUUGACGUCUACCACUUCAAGGAAUGGCCCAUUGAUUUUGUGUACGUUUUCUGGCGGGCCUCUUGCGUUACUUCACAUUUGUCAUCCACGUCUAAUAACGGCGUGGAUACGCAUGAAACGUUCGACAAAUGCCGUUGCGCUGCUGCGUGCCAUGGAUUGGGAAAGGGAGGGUACAGAAUGUCUUUGGGCCAUGAACAAGCUAGUCUGCACAGCUUUAAGAACAAAAUCAGAGCCCGAGGCGGAGAGCGGGCCGGGCGGGGCGGGCGGCGAGUGCGUGGCGCAGGGCGCGUUGGGCGCUUUCCUCGCGCCGCGCGCCCCGCUCACCGCCGCCGCCACUCGCUUCGCGCCGCCCGUUCACGAUCUAGCUCGUAAAUUCUUUCACCAUCUGUUAAGACGGGGGCGUGUAGAAAAAGCUCUAAGCCUGGCGGUGGACCUGGCGGCCUGGGACCUGUUCACCGACACGCGCUGGGCGGCCUCACGCCUUGGCCUCACGUCGCUCGCGCGCGAGGCCAAGGCGCUUGCGCAACACCACGCACACCUGCAGCCGGGAGGCUCCGAGUGUUCGGAAUCCUGUUCCGGUUGCAGCUCGCACUCGUACUCUGAGUCAGAAGAGGAACCGAGCUCUGCAUCGGAUGCAGUUAAAAUUAAGCCGCCUCCAUUACCUCGAGUAUCAGUACCAAACCUACCGACUAUGAUGCAAGUCGCCAUCACCCAGGCAGAACCUACAUCUACCAAUAGCAUCAGACCCAAUUUACAUCAGUAUUUAGAAAGAGAUAACACUAUUUGGACCACGGACGUACGCGACAAUUACUCAAGAGUGGAUUACGAUCGAGACUAUCCAAAGCCUAUUCGAAAUUCUCAAGGAGCACGGUGGCAUAGUAUGGAUAUGCUAUCUAACUAUAAACAAACUAAACAUAGCUUAAUAACUAUAAACGAAAGUCCGGUGAAGCCUGCGCGGACCGUUGUGGACGUAAUUCCACGACCAUAUGGGGAUAGACUUCCUUCUAGCCACUUCAAGCAUUUUUAUCAAACAGAAUUGCAAGAGGAAGCAGUUGACAGAAGUAACACGUUGUACCGUUACCAAAAUAAUAAUAAUUACAGUGUGAAUGACAGAACGUAUCGAAUAGACAAUAAUAGCACUGAAACACAAACUAGUCGUCCUGUCGAAAAGAAUAAAGUCAAGUUCUCAGAUACAGUCACCGUAGCUGUUGUGUCGUCGCAGGAGUCGUCGUCGUCGGUGUCAGUGCGCAGUUACAGCCCGCGAGCGGCCCCGCAGCAGCUCGCGUCGCCCGCCGGUACUACGCUCGACUACGUCGAAGUGUGA